CGUUUUGGACGCGUUGGUUUGAGUAAUUGCAGUCCUUAAUCGUCGAUUCGUGCGACAAUGUGAUGAGAACUUUCCGACACCGAGUUGUGGCCCUGUCGCUGUCCCCGAUGAUGAGCGUGUGGGUGGGCGAUCCCAUCGGCGGACGGGCAUUGGAGGAAAGGAAUGUUUUUUUGAGUGAUUUGCAGGAAAGGAAAGGGAAGGGAAGCUGCAUCUCUUCAACUCUCUGUCUACUGAACAGCGCCAAGGAUCUGAGUUAGUUGGAAGUCUAACUGAGGUGGAGGAUUGCUCAGGAAAAUGUGUUGCUACUUCAAUGUCAGGACAUUUUCAGUGAUAAUGCUAUGGGAAAUGGCCUCAGCGAGAUCUGCGGGAUGUGUUGACCCUGGAUGGGAGCAUGGUAUCGCACAAGAUGAAAGAAAAAAGAAGGUUAAAUGUAACUACUGCGGAAAAGUAGUCAGCGGAGGAAUAUUCAGAUUGAAGCAGCACCUGGCUAGAAUAUCUGGAGAAGUAACUCACUGUGAAAAGGUCUCAGAACAAGUAUGUGCAAGUAUGAGGAAAAACCUCGAAGGGUGUCGUUCUAGUCGGAAAAGAAGACAAUCUGAGUAUGAACAAGCAUCUUUGGCUUUCAAUUCCAAUGAAUAUGAUGAUGGAGAAGAAGCAGCCUCGGCUUAUAAGCACAAGGGCAAGAAAGUAGCAGAUGAUAGAGACUUGGUCAUAAGAUUUGCCCCUCUUCGGUCUCUUGGGUAUGUAGACCCUGGGUGGGAACAUUGUGUGGCUCAAGAUGAAAAGAAGAAAAGGGUGAAAUGCAACUACUGUGAGAAAAUAAUUAGUGGAGGAAUCAACCGGUUUAAACAACAUCUGGCCCGGAUCCCUGGGGAAGUUUCAUACUGUGAAAAGGCUCCUGAAGAUGUCUAUCUUAAAAUGAAGGAGAAUAUGAAAUGGCAUAGAACAGGUAGAAGACUCCGAAAACCAGAUACCAGGGAGAUAUCUGCAUUUUACUUGCACUCUGAUAAUGAGGAAGAAGAAGAAGAAGAGCAGACAGAAGGAAUUUUGCAAUGCAUAAGCAAGGAAGUAGUGGCUUUUGAUGAUAGAGCUUUGGAGAGUGACUUCAAAGAUGCUACCAAGGACAGGUUUCCUGGAGGAAGUGCGAAUGGCCCUGAGCACCUGUUAAAAAGGUCUAGAUUGGAUUCUGUUUUUCUAAAUUCUCUUAAAAAUCAGACAUCAUCUCACUACAAGCAGUGCAAAAGAAAGGUGGGCGCUGAUAAAAAAGGCCGCCAGGAAGUGAUAUCUGCAAUCUGUAGAUUCUUCUAUCAUGCAGGAAUCCCUGCCGAUGCCGCGGAUUCUCCAUACUUUCAUAGAAUGUUAGAGUUAGUUGGUCAAUAUGGGCAGAGUCUGAAGGGUCCAUCCAGUCGAUUGAUAUCUGGCCGAUUUCUUCAGGAUGAGAUCGCAUCUAUAAGGGAGCAUUUAGAUGAUUUAAGGGCAUCAUGGGCGAUUACUGGGUGUUCUAUAAUGGCUGAUACAUGGAAGGAUGUGCAGGGGAACAUCGUGAUAAACCUCUUGGUCUCCUGCCCUCGUGGCGUUUAUUUUGUUUCCUCGGUUGAUGCCACUGAUAUAAUCGACGAUUAUGAAAAACUUUUUACAUUAUUGGAUAGUGUAGUGGACGAGAUAGGAGUGGAGAAUGUAGUCCAGGUACUUACCAGGGACACUGCGAGUUUUAGAGCUGCAGGGAAGAUGCUUGAAGAACGAAGGAAGAAUUUGUUCUGGACUCCUUGUGCUGUGGAUUGCAUUGAUCAAAUGCUGGAGGAUUUUAUAAAGAUAAAUUGGAUCGCAGAAUGCUUUGACAAAGCAAAAAAGAUCACAAAGUUUGUGUAUAACACUGGAUGGCUCUUGAAUUUUAUGAAGAAAGAAUAUACCGGAGGGAAGGAACUUCUGGUGCCUGGUCUCACAAAAUUUUCCACUAGUUUUUUAACCUUAGGAAGUCUGUUUGAUCAAAGAAUUGACCUCAAGAGAAUGUUUCAGUCAAAUGAAUGGCAUUCUUCUAGACUUUCCAAAAGCGAGGAUGGUAAAGAAGUGGAGAGAAUUGUCUUAAAUGUCACAUUCUGGAAGAAGGUGCAGUAUUUGAAGAAAUCUUUAGAGCCAGUGGUGCAAGUUUUGCAAAAGCUAGACAGCUUGGAAAGUCGGUCAAUUUCCUAUGUGUAUGACGACAUUUAUAGAGCUGGACUGGCCAUUAAAGCCAUUGUUGGUGAUGAUGUACGAAAGUAUGGGCCUCUGUGGAGUGUAGUAGACGGCCAUUCAAGCUCAUUAUUCCGUCAUCCUCUUUAUGUGGCUGCCUAUUUUCUUAAUCCCUCUUAUCGUUAUCGUCAUGAUUUUGUGUCGCAUCCUGAAGUUAUUCGUGGUCUGAAUGAGUGUAUUGUUCGACUAGAACCAGAUAGUGCAAAAAGAAUUUCUGCAUCAAUGCAGAUUCCGGACUUUGUUUCUGCAAAGGCUGACUUUGGGACUGAUUUGGCUGUAAGUACUAGGGCCGAACUUGAUCCAGGUCAUACAGCAGUCACUUCACACAUUAAUGCUGCAUGGUGGCAACAACAUGGGAUAAGCUGCCUUGAUCUACAGCGGAUCGCCAUACGUAUACUCAGCCAAACUUGUUCGUCUAUUGGAUGCGAACAUACAUGGAGUAUAUUUGAUCAAGUCCACAGCAAAAGACAUAAUAGUCUUUCCCAGAAGAGAUGGAAUGAUCUUGCCUAUGUUCACUAUAACUUGCGCCUGAGAGAACAUCAACUUGGGAGACACGCGGGUGAUUUGGUCACAUUUGACAGUGGGAUGCUGGAAAUGCUAUUGGAUGACUGGAUUGUGGCGACAGAGAGACGAGAGGAGCCAGAAAAUGAGGAGAUUGUUUACAAUGACAUGGAGCAAUUUUAUGUGGAUGACAAUGAAGAGACGUUUAAUGACAAUGGCAAUGAAGAAAAGCAGCCUGUAGAAAUGGUCACUUUGGCUAAUGUCAUUGAACCUUUUGAAGUUAAUUCUGUUGGUGGAGCUGUUACAACUGAUGACGAUGAUCUUGAUUUUUUUGAUGAUGAUUUGACAGAUUAACACAUCUGUAAGCAGGUCAGAAUUAGUUAGAGUUAUUUGUAACAUAUGCAUAUAUUAUAAGAUAAAGGUAAAUUGCGACUUCUAAAGUCUGCUGUGACAGAUGGUCUGGUGCAUUUGAAAACCUUUAUCUCCCGUUACGGCUUUGAUCUG